GUAGCUAGGUUAGCUGUUUUAUGUAGCAUUGAUGCUAACAGAGAUAGGAGGAGGAACCAGCAACGCGAGCAGGAGGAAGAUGUCAGGCGGGAAACCUGAUGCUCAGAGUUAUGAAGCAAAGGACGACUUUGUCAGAGUCAGGAAACGGGACUUGGACAAGUUGACCACCGAGGUCAUGCAGCUGAGAGAGUUCCUGCCCAGGGUCCUGAAUCGGGGCCUGGUAGAGAAGCUGCACAAAGCUCGAACAGCCCAGACAAUGAAGGAGCAGCUUGUGAAGGAACAAGAGCAGCUGCGACAGGAGCUUCUGCACCUUCAGUCGCGACUGGAGGCAGCGCAGGCCGAGUGUCAGAAAGAGAGAGAGGAGAAGCUGCUGUUGCGUGACCAGCUGUGGCAGAGCGGCACAGAGCUGCAGCAGCAGGCCGACUUCUGCUCUGCUCUGGGAUCCGCCACCUGCAGUCUGCUGUGGAGCUGCUCUGCCUCCGAGGACACCAUCACACAGUGGCUGGCUGACGGGAAGCUGAAGUCCUUUCUGGCUGUUGCUGCUCAGACUCUGGAGAGCUUCGUCGGGUCGUUGGACGCAGAGGUGAAAACCGAGGACCACGACUCCCAGGAGCACCAGUUUGUCUUGGCUCUGGCUGGAACCAUCACUAACAUAGCAGCGUUACCAGGUGGGAGGAACUUCCUGUCAAGCUCGGUUCACAUCCUCAUGGACACUCUGAUGAAGCUUCUGGAGCAGAUGAAGCCGGGUGUCUUCCCCAAACUCAAAGUGCUGAUGCUGAUGGCGCUGUAUAAUGUUAGUAUCAGUGUGAGUGGGCUGAGGUACAUCAGUGAGAACCCAAGACUCAUAACUCUGAUCUGGAGCCUGCUGAAUGAUGGAGACUGGGAGGUGUGUCUCCACUCUCUGCGUCUCCUGCAGUCGGUGCUGUUGGAGGAGGAGGCGCCUCUCCUGCUGGGCUCCUCUCUGCUCGACCCGGAACUCCUGGCCCGGCUCAGCCACCUCACGUCCAGCACCAAGCCGAGCCUGAGAGAGGCCGCCCAGCAGACCCUGGAGGAUCUGCACGCCCUCCAACAGGUACCACACACACAUCGUAUGUUGAACCAUCUGCUCCUGCAAAGGCUGUUUUGGGAUCAGUGUCCGGAUACAAAUUUAAGUCUGCAGGAGAGAAGGUUCUUGACCCAAAUUGUGGCAAGUCUGCCAGUAAAAGUCAAUCUUUCAGCUCUAAAAUCUAAAAAUCUAAAACAGUCUUAGAUCAUUAUAUUAUUUUUAAUCUUGUGAUGCCGUGAUUUUCAGUUUUGUUGUUUUCCACCUUAAAGUGUGCGGAGAUGCAGCUUAGUUUUCAUGUUGAUCAGGUGUCUCAGUGUGGAAAGACGUCUCUCCACAAUUUAAAUAUAAAGGUUGAGGAUUGAAGACUGGAUUCAAAAGAAGUGGUGAGUUAGUUUGACUUAGUCAGUG